AUGGGUUACUACGAUGAAGAUGGCAACUACCGCUCCCUCCGCCAGGGGCUCAAGAACUUGGCUGACCGCCUUGUUCCCGAAGACCGCCAGGACCCCGUCGUUGACCGGGACGUCCGCGAGACGCGCACCUCCGUCAGCACCCGCUCCCGCCCGUGCCCCCCCAAGCAGGGCCCUUACCUGCCCAACACGGUCACCAUCCCCUGCCACCACAUCCGCAUGGGCGACUUCCUGAUGCUCCAGGGCCGCCCGUGCCAGGUCAUCCGCAUCUCCACCUCGGCCGCCACCGGCCAGUACCGCUACCUGGGUGUCGACCUGUUCACCAAGCAGCUCCACGAGGAGUCGUCCUUCAUCUCCAACCCCGAGCCCAGCGUCGUGGUCCAGACCAUGCUCGGCCCCGUCUUCAAGCAGUACCGCGUCCUCGACAUGGCCGACGGCCGCGUCGUCGCCAUGACCGAGACUGGCGAUGUCAAGCAGGGCAUGCCCGUCAUUGAGCAGUCCAACCUGUGGGAGCGUCUCCGCAGGGCCUUCGAGAGCGGCCGCGGCAGCGUUCGUGUCCUCGUCCUUGACGACGGCGGCCGCGAGCUUGCUGUCGACAUGAAGGUCAUCCACGGCUCUCGCCUGUAA